UUUCAACAUGGCGUCAAUUUAUGAAUGAGUUGCUGUCGAACGGCUUUCACCGUUUUUCUAAAAUUAUUUGAAAGAGAUCAGAACGUCGUCACAGGUUUAAAGGGGAAAAAUCAUGUCAUCUUUGACUCCAACAAAUGCUUUUCCAAAUCCCCCAGCACCCAUUCCUCGACCACCUGGGAGGGCAGGUAGAAGUACUCCUCGUCGAAGUUCUUCUCGGUCUAUUAAACGAAAAAAGUUUGAUGAUGAAUUGGUGGAGAGUAGUCUUAAGAAGGUGUCCAAACAAAGAGGUGAUGUUGUUGUCCUGGAAAAAGAAAUACAGAAAAGAACUUUGCCCACAGGUAAAGGCUCCUCAAGGAAACAGAGAAAAAGCAAGACAAAUGAUCUGACAGCUGUUUAUCUUGGGAUAAAGUUCUCUUGUCGAUUCACUCCAAAAGAAAUUCAAGAAAGAUGGUAUCAACUUCUUUAUGACCCAGUGGUGUCAAGGUUGGCCACUACUGCUGUCAAACAGCUUCCUCCAGAUGUCAUUGCUGCAGCACAGAACAAUGCACUGUGGAACAAAGAAGAGGAACUUAUCUUAGCAAAUGUGCCAGCAAACAGCCCAGCUUCUUUAGAAUUAUUCCAAGAUUUGUUGGAUAAAAACCCCUCAGUUUUUCACCAGUGUCGGUCAGCUAAGGCGCUAAGAAAUCACUGGCUUCUGAUGCGCCAAUAUCAACUCCUCUCUGAUCAGACAGUUUCCACAGCAGAGCAUGCAGUGAGUUUUUCUGAUGCUGAGGAACAGAUUAACGACGCUGAACUCUCAGAAACCAAGGAUGAUAACCUAGAACAGGAACUUUCAUUGGCCGACAGACGAAACAAAAGAGAGAUACGCAUGUUAGAAGGGGAGAUUCCGUUGUGGCAAGUUAUCGUGGAAAAACUCAAUGCAGCCACGGGAGCCACCACAGUCACACCAGCCAGCGAGUUUGAUUCCCACACACUUGCAGUGUUGAGAGGGCGACUGGUCAGAUACCUGAUGCGCUCCAGAGAGAUUAUCGUCGGAAGAUCUACCGCUGACAAUCACGUUGAUGUUGAUUUGUCCUUAGAAGGACCAGCAUGGAAAAUAUCAAGGCGACAGGCGGUAAUCAAGCUUCGUAGCGAUGGUGAGUACUGUGUCAUCAACGAAGGUCGGAGGCCGCUGUACAUAGAUGGCAAGCCCGUCGUCAUUGGCGCGAAAGCGAGGCUCCACCAUAACUCCACUUUUGAGAUUUGUGGUCUUCGCUUCGUGUUCCUGAUAAACCAAGAUCUUCCCGGAGCCACAAAGGAAGUUAAACAACCGACACCAGCCCAGCAAGGAAAGGUGGCGUAAACUUACGUUGAAAGUGCUUCAGGACACCAGCGAUGACCUGGAGCUUCAUACUCGUCGAAAGUUGCUUUCAAAACACAACUUACAUUUAUCUGUCAUAUCACCAGAUGUAGAAAACACCAGAAAAAAUUUAUAUUCAACAACAAUAUCCGUCGGGGAGUCUUUCAUCGUCGUCGAUACAUAGGAACGUUUCGUGUAAGAGACGAGAGGGUAACACGAACAUUCCCGAACUAGCUAGAGGUUCGGCGCGCAUCGCACACACAAGUGUGACGUGGGGAGAAAUAUAUCACUUCUUAAUUUAAUCGAGAUUGUAAAUUUGUAAAAUGUUUUAUUUGAGGUAAACUCGACAUUUUAUGAUACAGACAUUCGAUUGUAUAUAAGGGUAGAGAAAUAAGGAAUGGGAUAAUAAAAUUUCACCGAGCUCUCGUUCGUUUUUUAAUGUUUUCUUAA